CUACUAAGCCAACCGCACCGCGGUGCGCCCCUUCUCAGAUGGGAUCACCGCCCACGCUCCACCGACCCCCUCCUCCCCAUGUCGGAUUCCGGCGGCCGCCACUCACCACUGCCGCCCGUCUCGGCCGCGCUCUUGGACAUCGAGCUCGACGUCGACGGCUCCCCGUGGCCGUUCGACCUGAGCUCCUUCGUCGCGAGCCCCUUCUCCCCCUUCUUCCUCUCCUCCUCCUCCUGUCCGCCUCCCCCUUCGUCGCUCUCCUUCCAACUUCCUCCGUCCCCGCUUUGGAUCUUGGAAGAUAGGGCUCCCGAGAUCCCGGGUGCUCUCGCUGAGUGCUCGAGAUUCCUCGAUGGUAGUCCUGACACGACGAUUGCAAAAGCUUACGUGCUCGAUAGCAAGGCAAGACAGGUCCAGAUUCCAGUUCCGGAGGAGAAUUGUGGCUCUUCCUGUGUGAUCAAAGAGAGGAUGACACAGGCACUUCGGUACUUUAAGGAGUCAACAGAUCAGCAAGCACUGGUUCAGGUCUGGGCGCCUGUAAAGAAUGGGAGCCGUUGUGUUCUCACAACUUCAGGACAACCCUUCAUUCUUGAUCCGCAGAGUACCAAGCUUCUUCAGUAUCGAACGGUCUCUCUAAUGUAUAUAUUUUCGGUUGAUGAAGAUGAUGAUGCAGAUAUGGGUCUCCCUGGCCGUGUCUUCACAAAAAGAAUGCCAGAAUGGACUCCAAAUGUGCAAUACUAUAGCAGCAAGGAGUAUCAGCGCCUUAACCAUGCCCUGCUCCAUAAUGUACAGGGGACCUUGGCAUUGCCAGUUUUUGAACCAUCUGGUCACUCCUGCAUUGGUGUGGUUGAGAUUGUUAUGACAUCGCAAAAGGUCAAUUAUGCUUAUGAGGUUGAUAAAGUUUGCAAAGCUUUAGAGGCUGUAAACCUGAAAAGUUCUGAGAUCUUGGACCAUCCGAAUGUUGUAAUAGCCAAUGAUGGACGCCAAGCCGCUCUAGCUGAAAUUCUGGAAAUUUUGACUGUGGUCUGCGAAGCAGAAAAGUUGCCGCUUGCACAGACUUGGGUUCCAUGUAGGCAUCGGACUGUUCUGGCACAUGGUGGUGGUCUUAAGAAGAUUUGUUCAAGCUUUGAUGGAAGUUGCGCUGGACAAGUCUGCAUGUCAACAACUGAUGUUGCUUUCUAUAUUAUUGAUGCUCACCUGUGGGGAUUUAGAGAAGCUUGUGUGGAACACCAUUUGCAGAAGGGACAAGGGGUGGCUGGCAGAGCAUUUGCACUACGAAGGGCAUGUUUCUCAAGAGAUAUUACCGAGUACUGUAAAAGUGACUAUCCUCUUGUACACUAUGCUCGGAUGUUUGAUUUAGCUGGUUGUCUUGCCAUAUGCUUACAAAGUAUCCACUCGGGAGAUGAUGAUUACAUAUUGGAGUUCUUCCUUCCAGCUGAGUGUAAAAGUUCUGCUGAGCAACAAAGUUUACUGAAUUCCAUUUCAGCUUUGCUGAUACAGUGUUUUCAAAGUCUGAAAGUCAUAACUGGUGUCGAAUUUCAAGAAGGAAUAUCUCUUCAACUUGUUGACUUGGUUACGGAUGAUAACUAUGAAUCGAUACCUAAACACUUAUCUAGCCCAUGUGAUGACACGCAUAAGUCUCCAGAGACUAAUAUCUAUGAAGCUGAAGACAAUGAUGAUUCACGAAACGAGGGCAAUGCAACUUCUGAUUUGGAUAAGCAGCAAGUGGCUACAGACUCGAAUGUCAAAAAGAACGGCAAGAUACCUUUAGACUCAACUGCAUUGACUGACAAUACCAGCAGGACACCUGGAAAGCGGAGAGGCAAAGCAGAGAAGAUGAUCAGUUUGGAGGUACUUCAACAAUACUUUUCUGGGAGUCUUAAAGAUGCUGCAAAGAGUCUUGGUGUUUGUCCAACAACCAUGAAGCGCAUUUGUCGGCAUCAUGGAAUUUCCAGAUGGCCAUCUCGGAAGAUCAAUAAGGUUAAUCGCUCUCUUUCCAAGCUGAAGCAUGUGAUUGAGUCAGUCCAAGGUGCAGGAGCAUUGGAUUUGGCGUCUCUGGCAUGCCCGCUUCCUGUUGCUCUUGAUUCUGUUCCAUGGCCUGUUAACUUGGAUAAUCUAAAAGACGUCAAAGACGGUGUCAAGGAGAGAGAUCUUUCUCCAGAGAAGUCUCGUGGUAGCGAAGAUCAGCGGAACAAGUCUGUUUCUCUUCAGGUGCAUGUUGAAGAACGUGUCCAUCUUCAGGUGGAGGCUGGCAGGGAUUCACAUUGUUCGACAGGAAGCUCUUCAGAAGGAAGCAUGGAUGACACCCCUACUUCCCAAGGUUCGUGCCAGGGAAAUCCGGUCAAUAAUGAUAUCUUUGUGAGUAACCAACAAGCUUUGUCUGACUUAAGACAAGCACUGGGCAUCGGCUCUUCCUCAAAAUUCACGUCACAAAAUGCUUGUGAUCAAAUUCCUCUGAACGAAAACUCACUACCAACCGCCGUUAAUGUCGAGCCCCAACUACCAGUCGGAUUACUGAUCAAAGAUUCUGCUAGCUCGAAAGAUUUGCAAAACCUUUGUACUUUUGCAGCGGAGGCUUCACAGGAUGAACGUGGUAUGGCUGUUACUCAAAACACCUUACACCCAUGGGAGAUGCAAGAAAACAGGACAGUGAUAAUCAAGGCAAGUUACAAAGAAGAUAUAAUUAGGUUUCGUUUGCCACACAGCGCUGGUGUCUUGGCAGUGAAGGAUGAAAUCUCGAAGAGGCUGAAACUGGAAGUGGGCACUUUUGAUAUCAAGUAUCUGGAUGAUGAUCAUGAGUGGGUCAUGCUGACUUGUGAUUCAGAUUUGGAGGAGUGCAUAGAGAUCUCAAGACUGUCUGGAGCUCACAUAAUCAGGUUAUCUGUGCAUGAUAUAAUGACCCACCAUGGAAGCUCUUGUGGGAGUUCAGAGUUUGAUCAUCACAGUUAUGUACCCAGACAGUUCAGUAUGGGUUAAAGUGUGCACAUUUUUGUUCCAGUGGUCAUCUUAAGGUUGCUGUAGGUAAAUGAAACUCUAGUUUCAGUGACUGAAUACAUCUUCAGAUGCUGCUAACCUGUUGUUUUGGCCUACAUUUUGUUUUGUUGUGAAACUCUUUGUAAGUUGCAGGCACAACUGCAGAUUCUUUGACAUGGCAACAGUAUCUGUUUACAAUGUAAGAAAACUCAGCCUAUAGUAAUGAAAAAGAAAGAUUACAGCAAA